GCAGGGAGCCCAGGAACAAGAGCAGCUGUGCUAUUGUCUGGGGCUCAAUCUCCAGUGUUUGUCUGCUAAGGCCAGGGGUGACGUUGUCAGCGUGGUAGAUAAGCCGGCUCCCAGCUGUCGCAGGGUAUCACUGACUUAAGGACAGUGAGCAUACGGGACUCGAGGGAGCCACCAUUCUGACUCAGGGAGUCUGAUUGGCCGUGGCCAGACAGCUGUCCUGCUGGCUCCUCCCAUCAGCCUGGAGUGGUGAAGCGGAAUCACAAGAGGUGUUUCCAGGUUUGCUGGGAUGGGAAACCUGCUCAAAGUCCUUACCAGGGAAAUUGAAAACUAUCCACAUUUCUUCCUGGAUUUUGAAAAUGCCCAGCCCACAGAAGGAGAGAGAGAAAUAUGGAACCAAAUCAGCGCUGUCCUCCAGGAUUCCGAGAGCAUCCUCACCGACCUGCAGGCAUACAAAGGAGCAGGACCAGAGAUUCGAGAUGCAAUUCAAAAUCCCAAUGACAUUCAGCUUCAAGAAAAAGCUUGGAAUGCAGUCUGUCCUCUGGUGGUGAGGCUAAAGAGAUUUUAUGAGUUUUCCAUCAGGCUAGAAAAAGCUCUUCAGAGUUUAUUGGAAUCUCUGACUUGUCCGCCCUAUACACCAACCCAGCACUUGGAACGGGAGCAGGCGCUGGCAAAGGAGUUUGCAGAAAUUUUACAUUUUACUCUUCGAUUCGAUGAGCUGAAGAUGAGGAACCCAGCCAUUCAGAAUGACUUUAGCUACUACAGAAGAACAAUAAGUCGCAACCGCAUCAAUAACAUGCAUCUAGACAUUGAGAAUGAGGUCAAUAAUGAGAUGGCCAAUCGAAUGUCUCUCUUCUAUGCAGAAGCCACACCAAUGCUGAAAACCCUUAGCAAUGCCACAAUGCACUUUGUCUCUGAAAACAAAACCCUGCCAAUAGAGAACACCACAGACUGCCUCAGUACAAUGACAAGUGUCUGUAAAGUCAUGCUGGAAACUCCGGAGUACAGGAGUAGGUUCACGAGUGAAGAAACACUGAUGUUCUGCAUGAGGGUGAUGGUGGGGGUCAUCAUCCUCUACGACCAUGUCCACCCUGUGGGAGCUUUCUGCAAGACAUCCAAGAUCGAUAUGAAAGGCUGCAUAAAAGUUUUGAAGGAGCAGGCCCCUGACAGUGUGGAGGGACUGCUAAAUGCCCUCAGGUUCACUACAAAGCACUUGAAUGAUGAAUCGACUUCCAAACAGAUUCGAGCAAUGCUUCAGUAGAGCUCUGCUCAAAGAAGAGGAUCUAUGUGCUGACCUCAGAAGAUGUAUAUGUUUACAUAAUUUAAUACAGAUUGAUGUUAAUACUUGUGUAUUUACAUAACCGUUUCCUCCUUGUCACUGAAAUAUAUGGACCUUAAUUUGUAUCCCGACUGACUCAACCCAGCAGAGCAUAAAUUGACUUGAGAGCCUCACCUUUGAUGUCAGAAAUGAAACUCCUUUCUCCAAAGGCAGAAUUUGGAGACUUUGAUCUUUGCUACCGGAGUCCUUUAACAACACCUAUAACAAUCAGAAAUUCCUAAUAGUUUGUGGUAGUGUUUUAAUUCUAGAUGUGUUAUCUCUCUGAGAAGUAUAGUUUAUAGAAACACAAAAGUAUUUGAUUUCCUGUGUCGGCUCAGCUACAAGAGACACAACUGUUAUCCUGACAGAGGGAGAGAGGAAGCCAAGGAAAGAAAAAUGCACGUGGAGAAUGAGACCCAAGUGUUUUGAAUUCAGCAUGCCCCUUCUCUUUCCUCAGACUGCAAACCACACGUGCAACUUUUCUGUUUGCACGUGUUUUACUAAUCAGUAUAUUCCCUUUCUGUCUGGAUUUAUAUCCCUCUAAUGUUCCCUUUUAAUUUUGCAAGAGGAAAAGCAUCUGUAUUUUAGUCAGUGAGAGAGCAG